AUGCCUUCGAACAAACGCAGGGGCAACACGCCCAAGAAGGCUGCGGCUCCAGCUCCAGCACCCGCUCGCGCUGCGGCUCCGUCGGCCACCGCCUCCAACGGGUUCACCCUUCCCGCUGCCACCUCGACCAAUGGGACGCCCAUGACUGUGCAGCAAGCAGAAGUGGCUGCCCAGUAUCGUCAGUACGCCGACGCCAAGCGUGCUCGUCAGAUCGACCCCAAGAACUACACCCGCACCCCCAAGUCCGGACUCCUCGUCCUCGUCGUCUUUGCGCUCUUCUCGCUCUUGGGCUCCAUCACGCUCUACCUCCACUACAAGUUGCCCGCUCCACGCGGCCCCACGACGAUCAUCACCUCCGGUGUCACACCAGCAGAUGCGGCUGCCUACCAUCCACCGGUACCGGGCAUCGUGCCUGCCAACAAGGCGGGCGAAACCCAAAAGUUCCACGAGCUCUUCUCCGAAGCCAACGCUGUAGGUGUCAUGCACCACCUCUCGGUCGAUAUCGGGUACCGCAUCGUCGGCACAAAGGAGCACCUCGACGCGGAAAACUGGCUCGAGGAGGUGUUGCGUCGAUACGAAGGCUUCCACAACACCGGCACCGCUGCGUCGCCCGGUCGAACGCAGGUCGAGGUGUUCAAGCAGAUCGGAGACGGCGCCCACCGCUUCGACUUCAUGUCCAACGUCGUCUGGAAGCGCUACUACUCCAUGUCCAACCUCGUCGUACGCAUCUCGGACGGCACGGACGAAAGCAAGGCGAACAGUCUGCUCCUCAACGCCCAUCUCGAUAGCACCUUGCCUAGCCCGGGUGGAGCCGACGAUGGCGUCGGUGUCGCCAUCCUCAUGGAAGCGCUUCGCAUCCUCACGCUGCCCAGCACCGGACGCAAACUCUACAACUCGGUCGUGCUCCUCUUCAACGACGGUGAGGAGUCGCUUCAGGAUGCGAGCCACCUCUACAUCACUCAGCACAACCAGACCAACGCCGGUGUCAAGGCCGUCGUCAACCUCGAAGCGUGCGGUACCAGCGGACCCGAACUCCUCUUCCAGGCUACUAGCGCCGAGAUGAUCGAGGCCUACUCUCACGUACCUCAUCCGUUCGGUACCGUGCUCGCCAACGACGUCUUUUCGACCGGUCUCAUCCUGUCCGAUACCGACUUCCGCCAGUUUGUCGAGUACGGCAACGAUCUCAGCGGUCUCGACAUGGCUCUCGUCGGAAACUCGUACCUCUACCACACGCGCAAGGACAUCCCUCAGUACCUGCAGCCCGGUGCCACCCAGCAUUUCGGCGAAAACACGCUCGCCAUCAUCGAGCACCUCUGCCUCAAAGACAAGAGCCAGACGCUGCUCCGCACCAUCGAGCCGCACCAGACGCGCCACACGCUGCCCAUCUACUUUUCGAUCGCCAGUCGCUUCUUCGUUCACAUCCAGAACAAGGCCUUCAAGAGCAUCGUCAUGGGCCUCUCUGCCUUCAUCAACUUCCAGCUCUCCACCGUCGUCCGCUCCGAGUCGGCCAUCGGAGCACUCAACCUUACCAUCCUCAGCGCGCUCUCUGCCAUCGUAUCCAUCGUCGGCGCUGUGUUGGGUGCCAACGUCGUGGCCGUCAUCAUGACCAGGCUGUUGGGCAAGGGCAUGUCCUGGUACUCGCACGAGUUCUUCCCCAUCCUGCUCUACGGUCCGCCGGCGAUCGCUGGUGUGUUGAUCGUCCAGCUGCUCACCGCCAAGCUGUGCAAGCCGUACCAGAGGCCCUAUCUGGAACGAUCGAGCCUGUCGGGCAUGGGCAUCUUCUUCAACCUCGGCUUGCUCGGUAUGAACGCCUUUGGCAUCGGUAGCGCCUACCUCAUGGCGCUCGCCUCGCUCACGUUCACGGUGGUCACCACGCUCAACGACCUCGCGCUCGUCGGCAUGGGUCCGAUCGAAGAGAAACUCGUCGCGCCAGACAACCGUGUCUCGGCGUACAUCUACCCUUUGAUGACCAUCGUUCCUGGUGUGCUCGGCGUCGAGGGCAUCGUCAGCUUCCUCGACCUCUUCGUGCCGCUCACGGGCAGGAUGGGUGAAAUCUCGCCCGCGGAUCACAUCAUCGCGACCAUCACAGCUGUGCUGACGUUCCUCACCCUGCCGUUUGCCAUCCCUCUGGCGCACCGAUACACGUCCGAAAACCUCAAGCGCACCAUCCUCGCUCUGCUCGGCAUCACCGCGGCCGUCAUGGCCGUCUUUGCGAGUCCCGCAUGGAAGCCUUUCGACGCAGCUCACCCGAAGCGCCUGUUUGUGCACCAGGUGGAGAACAUCACCUCCAACGAGUGGUUCAUGAACGUCGGUUCUGCCGAUCCCGCACCCGGCUUCAAGGCAUUGUCCAACGAGCUCCAGUCGCAGCUCGGUCUGCCCACCGAGAGCCAGGCGAGCCUGAUGGAGAUGAACGACUACAACCCAGACUUUGACAUCCUCUACCCUGUGUCGGCGUUCCUCACGCCGUACAAGUUCCAACUUCCCGCGCCUCCCGCCGGGUUCAGCACCAAGUACGCCUCGCCUGCGCCCGAGACCAACCAUUUCACCGUCAAAGCCGUCAACGAGGUCAUCGACCUCGAGGCGGGGACGCGCAGCUUGACGCUGGAGAUGAACCACCCUGGCGUCAUCUGGUCUGUCGUCGCCUUCGACGCCGAGAUCCUCAGCUGGAAUCUGCCCAGCGCUCCACCGGCCGGAUACCAGCGUCACCACCUCAAGAGCGUUGCGCGCUACGGCAUCUACUCGUGGUCGGUCGAUCUGGUCGUACGCCUCCAACCCGAAGCACUCGCUGCCGCCAAAGCACGCAGCAGCUCCGGCCUCGUCUCGAAGUUCAAGAAAGCCGCUGCUGGCUCGGGUAGGCUCGUCAAAGCGAACUCGAACGAGCCGAGAGAUCCUUCGAGGUUGUGGAUCGACGCCAGCGGUAUGGUGGCGGACGAGAUGUUCCCCCAGCACAAGUCGAAUGCCGCCGCCGACCGACCAGCGAUGAACACUUUCGUGAAGAUGGACGCGUACAUGCAGCAGAAGCAUCCCGAGAUCGACGUCAUGAUGCUCGCCGUCGUCGCUGGUGUUUUCGAGGCCUGA